AUGACCAACACUAACGAUCUCCUAACUUCUCCAACCCCCAGAUCAAAAUGGCGCAAAGAUAAAUUCUGGGCUUUCCUGUUACUGAGUCUGAACCGCGCAUUCAACAAGGACCCCCUACCACCCCAGGGCUUCAAGUUCGUCCACAAGAUCAACCCGCGAAAGUGGUGGUGGUAUCAGCACUACGGCUUCCACCCACAAACCUAUGGCUUUCAGACUUCGCAGGAGGCCAAUGAGCAUGACUUCCACCAAGAUAGUCCAGAAAAAGAUAACGACGACCAAUUAUCUGAUAUUGCAAGUGUGGGAAAUAGACCAGGGAUGGCGGAACAACAUCCCAGUUUCUCGAAUGAGAGGGCUUGGGAUGAUGUUGAUAUCGAUCAUAUGGACGAGGUGCAGAGUUCAAGUGCUACAUCAACUCCAUGCCCUGCUCCUGAUUCCUUUGGAGGUGGGUAUACACCACAUUUUGGCUGGGAAUCAGGAUUUGAGGAUGACAGUAGCAUCAACGACAAUGACAAUACGCGGCAAAGCAGUGCUGAAAAAUCUGAUGUUUCCGCGGCACUGUCUGCUAUGCCGCCAACAUCAUCUCCUUCUCCACCACCCACAACAAUUCGACGAUAUACUUCCAUCCCAUCAUAUCAGCCUUGCCUCCCACUUAUAUCAGACGACCUCGAGUCUCGAAGUGGAGAUGGCCAGCACCGACCAUUGAGAUUUAGUUUUCAACAUGGAUUUCAUCAUUGUUCUAACACAGGGGCUAGGGGUGAUGGUGAUGAUGACAUGGAAUGUAGUUGUACCCUCGAGCCAUCACCGCAUGAUGGCUGCAGCUGCUCUACUAUGUGA